CGUUUGCGCCACGGUCACACUGACAGCGAGACAGAGUGGAGUGUUCGUGUGUCAUCCGCGUUAAUUAUUUUCCUAAUUCGAACGAAACUCUUUCGAAGUGGGCGUGAUCCGUUGGAGACUAAGUGCAACAGGGUUUUCUGAAAAAUUAACAAAAUAUUGGAGCCCGUUAAAAAAAAUAAAGCGGAUAGUGCAAAGAAGAAUUUCGUACAGCCCUGACGCGUUGCUAUAAAACAUCAGCUUUUCCCUGAGGUUUUUCCAUCUGUAAAGUGCAUUUCGUGAAACGUUUCUUGGAAAUAAGAUAAAUGUGUUUAUAAAUCGGUUUCGCGGAAGUUUAUAUCAAAAGGCUCCAAGAUGAGGCCGCCCAGGAGCUAUGCGCAAACAGCAUUUUCUUCGCUUCAGUUUGGAUUGUUAUGCCUCUUAUUGCUGGCCAAUAACGGCAUAAAACCGGUACAAGCAGACGCCUUUACGGAUUACUUCUCCGAUUAUGAGUGCAAUCAACCGCUCCUCGAAAGAGCUGUUCUUACAGCAACUUCAUCGCUUACAGAACGAGGACCCGACAAAGCUCGAUUAAAUGGUAACGCUGCUUGGACACCGGUCGAGAAUACGUAUAACCACUUUCUAACACUCGACCUGGGGGAUCCGCGCAUGGUGCGUAAGAUCGCCACAAUGGGACGCAUUCACACGGAUGAGUUCGUGACGGAGUACAUUGUCCAGUAUUCGGACGAUGGCGAGUUCUGGCGCUCGUUCGUGAAUCCCACAAGCGAGCCGCAGAUGUUCAAGGGAAACUCCGAUGGCAACUCUAUUCACUACAACGUCUUCGAGGUGCCCAUCAUCGCCCAGUGGGUGAGGAUCAAUCCCACGCGGUGGCACGAUCGCAUUUCCAUGCGAGUUGAGCUCUACGGCUGCGAUUACAUUGCUGAAAACCUAUACUUCAAUGGCACUGGCUUGGUGCGCUACGAUCUGCGGCGGGAGCCCAUUGCCUCCACAAAGGAGUCCAUUCGAUUCCGUUUCAAGACGGCCUUUGCCAACGGAGUGAUGAUGUAUUCGCGGGGCACCCAGGGCGAUUACUACGCCCUGCAGCUUAAGGACAACAAGAUGGUGCUGAAUCUCGAUCUGGGAUCGCAGAUAAUGACCUCGCUGUCGGUGGGCAGUCUGCUGGAUGACAAUGUUUGGCACGAUGUGGUGAUCUCCAGGAACCAUAGGGAUAUUAUCUUCUCGGUGGACCGUGUAAUCGUUCGGGGACGCAUUCAAGGCGAGUUCAGCAGGCUGAAUCUCAAUCGGGAUCUGUAUAUUGGCGGUGUGCCCAAUGUCCAGGAGGGCUUGAUUGUCCAGCAGAAUUUCUCCGGCUGCCUGGAGAAUAUCUACUUCAAUUCCACCAACUUCAUUCGAGGAAUGAGGGACAGCUACGAGCUGGGCGAGGCAUAUCUCUUCCAGAAGGUUAACACCAUCAACGCGUGUCCAUCGCCGCCAAUCUAUCCGGUGACCUUUACAACCCGCUCGUCAUUCGUUCGCCUGAAGGGCUAUGAAAACUCCCAGCGCCUCAAUGUCUCCUUCUACUUCCGCACCUACGAGGAAACUGGAGUAAUGGUGCACCACGACUUUUAUUCCGGCGGCUACAUCAAGGUCUUCCUAGAGUUUGGCAAAGUUAAGAUUGAUCUGAAGGCCAAGGACAAGGCGCGCAUCAUUCUGGACAACUACGACGAAGCGUUCAAUGACGGCAAAUGGCACUCGUUCGUUAUCUCUAUCGAAAAGAAUCGCUUGAUCCUGAACAUUGACCAACGGCCGAUGACCACAACAAAGAGUCUGCAGAUUGCCACUGGAGCACAGUACUACAUCGCUGGUGGAAAGGACAAGAACGGAUUCGUGGGCUGCAUGCGCCUCAUUUCGGUGGAUGGAAACUACAAGUUACCCCAGGAUUGGGUGAAGGGCGAGGAGGUUUGCUGCGGCGACGAUGUGGUCGUGGAUGCCUGCCAGAUGAUCGAUCGCUGCAAUCCGAAUCCCUGCCAGCACAAGGGUCUUUGUCACCAGAACUCCAGGGAGUUCUUCUGUGACUGCGCGAACACAGGCUAUGCCGGAGCAGUUUGUCAUACUUCCAACAAUCCAUUGUCCUGCCUGGCGCUCAAGAAUGUGCAGCAUGUGCAGCAGCGUGUCAACUUGAACCUCGAUGUGGAUGGCAGUGGUCCUCUGGAGCCUUUCCCAGUCACCUGCGAGUUCUAUUCGGAUGGUCGUGUGAUUACCACCCUCAGCCACAGCCAGGAGCACACCACAACGGUGGAUGGCUUCCAGGAACCGGGCUCCUUUGAGCAGUCCAUCAUGUACGAUGCCAAUCAACUGCAAAUCGAAGCUCUGCUGAAUCGCUCCCACAGCUGCUGGCAGCGCCUCAGCUACUCCUGUCGCUCCUCCAGACUCUUCAACUCGCCAUCUGAGGCAGGAAACUUCCGUCCGUUUUCGUGGUGGAUCUCCCGCCACAACCAACCCAUGGACUAUUGGGCUGGAGCUCUUCCCGGAUCGCGUAAGUGCGAGUGUGGAAUCCUGGGCAAGUGUCACGAUCCCACAAAGUGGUGCAACUGCGACACAAACAGUCUCGAGUGGAUGGAGGAUGGUGGCGAUAUCCGGGAGAAGGAGUACCUUCCUGUGCGCGCUGUGAAGUUCGGCGACACUGGAACGCCGUUGGACGAGAAAAUGGGUCGCUAUACUCUGGGACCACUGCGCUGCGAGGGUGAUGACCUGUUCAGCAACGUGGUGACUUUCCGCAUUGCCGAUGCCUCCAUUAACUUGCCACCCUUCGAUAUGGGUCACUCUGGCGAUAUUUACCUGGAGUUCCGCACCACGCAGGAGAACUCUGUGCUGUUCCAUGCCACUGGACCCACGGACUACAUUAAGCUGAGUCUGAUUGGCGGCAACAAGCUGCAGUUCCAAUACCAGGCGGGCAGUGGUCCACUGGGCGUUAAUGUGGGCACCAGUUAUCACCUGAACGACAACAACUGGCACACCGUGAGUGUGGAGCGCAACAGAAAGGAAGCUCGUCUGGUGGUGGAUGGAUCCAUCAAGGCCGAGGUUCGAGAGCCACCAGGUCCAGUGCGUGCUCUUCACUUAACCUCGGAUCUAGUGAUUGGCGCCACCACCGAAUAUCGCGAUGGUUAUGUGGGCUGCAUCCGAGCUUUGUUGCUCAACGGAAAGAUGGUUGACUUGAAGGAUUACUCCAAGCGUGGAUUGUACGGCAUCAGCACCGGUUGCGUGGGUCGUUGCGAGUCGAAUCCUUGCCUGAACAAUGGCACUUGCAUCGAGCGUUACGAUGGCUACAACUGCGAUUGCCGUUGGAGCGCCUUCAAGGGACGCAUUUGCGCAGAUGAGAUUGGUGUCAACUUACGCUCCAGUUCGAUUAUUCGCUACGAGUUCGAGGGCUCCUUCCGCUCCACCAUUGCCGAGAAUAUUCGCGUUGGCUUCACCACCACCAUUCCCAAGGGUUUCCUGCUUGGCUUCUCUUCCAAUUUAACUGGCGAAUAUCUGACCAUUCAGAUAUCGAAUUCUGGUCACUUGCGUUGCGUAUUUGACUUUGGCUUUGAGCGACAGGAAAUCAUAUUCCCGAAAAAACAUUUUGGUCUGGGUCAGUACCACGACAUGCACUUCAUGCGCAAAAACGGUGGAUCCACGGUGGUCUUGAAGGUCGACAACUAUGAGCCGGUGGAGUACAACUUUGAUAUUAAGGCCUCAGCGGAUGCUCAGUUCAACAACAUUCAGUACAUGUACAUUGGCAAAAAUGAGUCAAUGACAGAUGGCUUCGUGGGUUGUGUGUCGCGAGUCCAGUUCGAUGACAUUUACCCACUGAAGUUGAUGUUCCAGCAGAAUCCACCCAAGAAUGUCAAGUCGUUGGGCACUCAAUUGACGGAAGAUUUCUGCGGAGUUGAGCCAGUGACGCAUCCGCCUAUUGAAAUCGAGACUAGGCCACCACCUUUAGUGGAUGAGGAGAAGCUGCGCAAGGCAUACAACGAAGUAGACUCUGUGCUGCUGGCAUGUCUGCUGGUGAUUCUCUUCCUGCUGCUGAUCCUUAUGUUCUUCCUUAUCGGUCGCUACUUGCACCGGCACAAAGGCGACUAUCUGACGCACGAGGAUCAAGGCGCCGAUGGAGCCGACGAUCCCGACGAUGCUGUCCUGCACUCAACUACUGGCCACCAAGUCAGGAAGCGAACAGAGAUCUUCAUCUAAGCCUGUCGCAAUAUAUGCACACAAAUCGUUUUUAAAUCGCCUAAGACACGCAACAGCGACGAUUCACACUCACCAAAAACAAAAAAAAAAAUUAUAAAAUGGAAAAUCAAAUGAACACGGAAAAGUCUCACAUUACAGACAGAGAAUAUUUAAGAACUUUUCCAUGCACUGCCAAUUGUUUUGCGCAGAUGAUCGCUAAAUUAUUGAUUUCAAAUUGGUUGGUUGAAUUUUUUGUAUUAUUUGGUUCUGUCUGACGGCAUUUCACCUUAUAAUUUUUGUAAACCUUAAUAGUCACAGAAUACCGUCCAUUUUUAGUUAAUUUUAUGAACACUUUUUGUUUGCGAAAUUAAGUUAAAAACUUAUUUUAGGCUGCUUCCAGAGCAGUUGACCGAAACCGCCAAUAAUUUGUACUUUUAUCGCGCGAGUGCAUACAACAAACAUUCCAUUAAUAUUAAUAUGUUUCUCUCGCUAUACGUUUAAUUUAAAAUGUCUUCUAAUUUACACACAAGAGAACCCGAUAAUUAUUCUGUGGCUAAAUAAAAUCGGCUACUUUAGAAACACAAAGCAUUAAAAACAAAUUGUAUUUUUGGAAAAUACAUUUUGAACGUCUUGACUUGAAA